AAAGUCCCAAAGAGCACAGAAAAGUAAGAGGGAAAACUUGGAAACUACUACUGAGGUCUUAACUUCUCUCUUCCCCUAUGCAUUUCCUGUUUCCCGUCAAAUAUUGCUCCAGUCACCACAAAUUGAUGAGAAGCGUGUUAUUUUGAAAUCAAUGAAGGGCACCACAAAUUGAUGAGAGGCGUGCCAUUUUGAAAUCAAUGAAGGGUUUCACUCCCUAUGCUUUCCUUCUCUGUUCAAUCUUGCUCUACCUCUGCCUUCUCUCUGCCGCAGCAGACACCUUAACUCCAACUCAAUCCCUUACGGACACCGGCGACAUCAUAGUGUCCGCCGGCGGAGACUUUGAGCUGGGAUUUUUCAGUCCGGGUAACUCCAACAACCGAUACUUGGGAAUAUGGUACAAAGAAGUUGCUCCUUUAACAGCAGUGUGGGUUGCGAACAGAGAAACUCCCCUGUUUGAUUCAUCUGGUGUGCUAAACAUCACCAAAGAUGGAAAUCUCGUCCUUGCCGAUAGAACCCAUCAAAUAGUUUGGUCUUCCAAUUCAUCAGUGUCCAGAAACGACUCAAUUGCGCAGCUUUUGGACACCGGAAACUUUGUCGUUAGAGCAGCAAACGAUGAGAACCCAGCAAAAUUCCUGUGGCAGAGCUUUGACCAUCCGUGUGACACAUUGCUCCCAGACAUGAAGCUCGGAAGAGACGCAACCAGCGUCCCGGAGAGGUACCUAUCGUCCUGGAAAAGCGCCGACGAUCCUUCUAGAGGCGACUAUACGGUCCGGAUCGAUGCUCAUCGAUACGCACAGCUGGUUCUGAGCAAAGGGUCGACGCCAUUAGGCCUUUCUGGUCCAUGGAAUGGCAUAGGGUUUAGCGGGACACCUGGAUUCAGGAAAAACCCCUUCUUUAAAUUUCAUUUUGAGAUUAGCCAUCGGGAGAUGUACUACAGCUACGAAUACUUUAACAAGUCCCUCAUUGGCAGGCUUGUGUUGAAUCAAACUGGGGCGAUGCAGCGGUGGUUGUGGUUUGGGCGCAACCAGGGUUGGAAUCUGUACUUGACCAUAGCAGCGGACAAUUGUUUCCAAUAUGCACUCUGCGGCCCAUUUAGCAGCUGCAAUGGGAAUAAAUUACCAGUAUGUGGGUGUUUGGAGGGAUUUGAGCCAAAAGACCCAAGUGCUUGGGCAAGAGCAGAUUGGAAGCUUGGGUGUGCCAGAAAGACAGCACUGGGUUGCAAUAGUGGGGAUGGGUUUCAGAAAUACUCGGGGGCGAAGUUGCCAGACACAUUACACUCUUGGCACAACGCCAACAUGAGCUUGGAGGAGUGCAGGGUGGAGUGCUUGAAGAAUUGCUCUUGCACGGCUUAUGCGAAUUCGGAUGUGACGGAGGGGGGAAGCGGGUGCUUGAUCUGGUUUGAUGAGUUGCUUGAUAUCAGAGAUAGCAUUGACAAUGGGCAGGAUGUGUAUAUAAGGAUGGCUGCUUCGGACCUAGAUCAGAAUAAAAAUGUCAAACAAAAUAAUGAGUCCAACACAAACAAACGAGCAAAGAUCAUAGCUAGUGCUAUGGCUGCCACAGGGGCACUACUUGUAGGCCUACUUCUGGUAUUGUAUAUGUGGAGGAAGAAGCAACACCGACAGCAACGCCAGCAACAACAGAAAGAUGGAAAUUUAGUACGCAGUUCAGAAAUAGGUUACAAAACCCAAAAGGUAGAUCUGGAGUUACCAGUAUUCGACCUGGCUACAAUAUCGAAUGCAACUGAUAACUUUUGUUUCCAAAAUAAGCUUGGUGAAGGCGGAUUUGGACCUGUUUACAAGGGUGUUCUAAACGAUGGACAAGAAAUUGCUGUAAAGAGGCUCUCUAAGAGUUCUAAUCAAGGACUGGAUGAGUUCAAGAAUGAAGUAAUUCACAUUGCCAAACUUCAGCACCGGAAUCUUGUUAGACUUUUGGGGUGCUGCAUUCAAGGAGAUGAAAAGAUGCUGGUCUAUGAAUACAUGCCAAACAAGAGCCUUGACUCCUUUAUUUUUGCAAAUCAACAAAAAGAACAAAUGGAAAGUUAUCAUACAAGAAGUACGAUGCUAGAUUGGCACGAACGCUUCCACAUUAUCAAUGGUAUUGCACGGGGGCUUCUUUAUCUUCAUCAAGACUCCAGACUAAGGAUAAUUCACAGAGAUCUCAAAGCCGGCAAUAUUUUAUUAGACAAUGAGAUGAACCCAAAAAUUUCCGACUUUGGGAUGGCUAGAAGUUUUAGAGAAAAUGAAACUGAAGCAAAUACGAAGAGAGUCGUCGGGACAUACGGUUACAUGUCUCCUGAGUACGCAGUUGAUGGUCUCUAUUCAACAAAAUCUGAUGUCUUUAGCUUUGGGGUUUUAGUUCUGGAGAUAGUUAGUGGAAAAAGAAACAGAGGAUUCAGUUAUCCAGACCACCAACUUAACCUUCUGGGGCAUGCAUGGAAUUUAUAUAUGGAAAGCAGGCCUGUGGAAUUGAUUGACGCAUCACUGAAGCACUCGUGCAAUCCAUCUGAAGUGUUGCGGUCAAUCCAUCUAGGUUUGUUGUGUGUGCAACAUCAUCUAGAAGAUAGGCCAAGCAUGUCAUCUGUUGUACUGUUUUUGGGUAGUGAUGGCGUGUUAUCUCCACCCAAGCAACCUGGUUUUUAUAUGGAAAGGGAUCUGCAUGGAGUAGAUCCUUCCUCGAGCAGUCAAGAACCACCUUCAGCGAACAAGAUGACCGUUACAUUGCUACAGCCUAGGUAGCAAACUAUUCAGGUGUUGAUAUUUUGUAUGUCAGUCUUGUGAAUUUAUUAAAGCAUUAAAGAAGGUUAUGUUGAUUUUGCUUAGCA